AUGAUCGCACCCAUCACUGGAAAGCUCCGGAAGCGCUUCUGGCUCGAUCUCACCACUGGCCUUGGCCUCGGUAUCAGCGCAGGCUACGCGUUCUGGUACGGUGUCCACCUCCCACGCGUUCAGCGCCAGGAGGAGUUCUACCUCAAGUACGAGCGCGCCAAGCAGAACGAGCAGUAA